UGGUCUGGUUAGUAUUCAAAGAUUAUAAGAUUAUGCUUUAAUGAUAAGCCAUCUGCGUGAUCUGUUGCGAGAAAAAAAACCCCAAAACAAAAACGAAACAACACAAAAGCUAAGAGGAUUCUGGAAGACCUGCUCAUCUUUGGUGAGAAAAAACUUGGGCUGACUGGAGCCAAGAGACACCAAAGAGACACCAGAUGAAAUCCAAAAUCUACCUGAGCAUCAUGGCUAAUAAAGGGAAAAGGCCAGAAUGUUUCCUGAGAUUUUUUGCCAUCCUGCUCAUUUAUAUGCAAGUGGUGAACUCACAAGGACUCCCUGAAAUUUCAGACAUGAUUGCAGAGUUGAGCUACACAGAUGGAGAAAUGAAUCACUUAAGGGGAAAACGAUCUGUGAACACGGAUAUUCUAGAAUACAUUGUAAUCAUAGAGGUGAACGUGUCACAAGCGAUUUUAUUUGAGCAAAUCAAAUCAUCAUUGGAGUCCAUCAGUAGUUUCCAAAUAGACAACACCACAGAAAUCGAAAGCGUGAACAUUACAACAGUGUGUCACCCAAAUGGUUCUGAAUAUCAGUGCAUUUGUGAGGAUCAGUAUUUUUGGUCAUUUAAUAACUGCAUUGUGCAUCAUGCCUGCAAUGACCUAUAUGAAGGAGUAUGUACCUGUAUCGAUGUCUUUCCCAGUGAUGGACAGAUGUGUGUGACAACAAGUGAACUACCAUUCUUUGAUAUUCUGGUUGAAAUUGAGCUGAAUACCACAAGCACAACAAUGCUCGAUGAACUGAGAAACCGUUUUGCAGAAAUCAGUUUCCCAAUUACAUUUGGUCAUGCAGCAGAAAUUACAGAUGUGGCCAUUACAACAGUGUGCAGUUUGGAUGGUACUGAAUAUCAGUGCAGGUGUGAGGAUCAGUACUUAUGGCCAUGUGAAAAGUGCACAGUAUAUGGGUCUUGUGGUAACGUCACCAAUUCCUCUUGUGGCUGCAUCAAUGCUAUUCCAAAUGAUGGACACUUCUGCCAACCAAUCAAUGAGCUGAUGAAUAACUCUACAUGUCCAACUGAACCACCCCCAGCUGAAUAUCUGAUUGAGAUUGAAAUUAGUGCAGUGGAUGUAACAGUCCUGGAUCAACUGAGGAACAUUUUGAAGACACUCAGUUUACCUUCAAUAAAUAAUAACAUCAAUAUCACGGAAAUUAACAUCACUACAGUGUGCAGUUUGAAUGGUACUGAAUAUCAGUGCAGGUGUGAGGAUCAGUAUUUCUGGCCAUGUGAAAAGUGCACACUAUAUGGGUCUUGUGGUUACGUCACCAAUUCGUCUUGUGGCUGCAUCAACGCUCUUCCAUAUGAUGGACACUUCUGCCAACCAAUCAGUGAGCUGAUGAAUAACUCUACAUGUCCAAUGGAAACACGCACAGCUGAAUACCUAAUUGAGAUUGAAAUUAGCGCAGUGGAUGUAACAGUCUUGAAUCAACUGAGGAACAUUUUGAAGACACUCAGUUUGCCUACAAUAAAUAGUAACAUCAAUAUCACUGAAAUUAACAUCACUACAGUGUGCAGCUUGAAUGGUACUGAAUAUCAGUGCAGGUGUGAGGAUCAGUAUUUCUGGCCAUGUGAAAAGUGCAAACUAUAUGGGUCUUGUGGUUACGUCACCAAUUCCUCUUGUGGCUGCAUCAACGCUCUUCCAUAUGAUGGACACUUCUGCCAACCAAUCAGUGAGCUGACGAAUAACUCUACAUGUCCAAUGGAAACACGCACAGCUGAAUACCUAAUUGAGAUUGAAAUUAGCGCAGUGGAUGUAACAGUCUUGAAUCAACUGAGGAACAUUUUGAAGACACUCAGUUUGCCUACAAUAAAUAGUAACAUCAAUAUCACUGAAAUUAACAUCACUACAGUGUGCAGCUUGAAUGGUACUGAAUAUCAGUGCAGGUGUGAGGAUCAGUAUUUCUGGCCAUGUGAAAAGUGCACACUAUAUGGGUCUUGUGGUUACGUCACCAAUUCCUCUUGUGGCUGCAUCAACACUCUUCCAUAUGAUGGACACUUCUGCCAACCAAUCAGUGAGCUGAUGAAUAACUCUACAUGUCCAAUGGAAACACGCACAGCUGAAUACCUAAUUGAGAUUGAAAUUAGCGCAGUGGAUGUAACAGUCUUGAAUCAACUGAGGAACAUUUUGAAGACACUCAGUUUACAUACAAUAAAUAGUAACAUCAAUAUCACUGAAAUUAACAUCACUACAGUGUGCAGUUUGAAUGGUACUGAAUAUCAGUGCAGGUGUGAGGAUCAGUAUUUCUGGCCAUGUGAAAAGUGCACACUAUAUGGGUCUUGUGGUUACGUCACCAAUUCCUCUUGUGGCUGCAUCAACGCUCUUCCAUAUGAUGGACACUUCUGCCAACCAAUCAGUGAGCUGACGAAUAACUCUACAUGUCCAAUGGAAACACGCACAGCUGAAUACCUAAUUGAGAUUGAAAUUAGCGCAGUGGAUGUAACAGUCUUGAAUCAACUGAGGAACAUUUUGAAGACACUCAGUUUGCCUACAAUAAAUAGUAACAUCAAUAUCACUGAAAUUAACAUCACUACAGUGUGCAGCUUGAAUGGUACUGAAUAUCAGUGCAGGUGUGAGGAUCAGUAUUUCUGGCCAUGUGAAAAGUGCAAACUAUAUGGGUCUUGUGGUUACGUCACCAAUUCCUCUUGUGGCUGCAUCAACGCUCUUCCAUAUGAUGGACACUUCUGCCAACCAAUCAGUGAGCUGACGAAUAACUCUACAUGUCCAAUGGAAACACGCACAGCUGAAUACCUAAUUGAGAUUGAAAUUAGCGCAGUGGAUGUAACAGUCUUGAAUCAACUGAGGAACAUUUUGAAGACACUCAGUUUGCCUACAAUAAAUAGUAACAUCAAUAUCACUGAAAUUAACAUCACUACAGUGUGCAGUUUGAAUGGUACUGAAUAUCAGUGCAGGUGUGAGGAUCAGUAUUUCUGGCCAUGUGAAAAGUGCAAACUAUAUGGGUCUUGUAAUUAUGUCACCAGUUCCUCUUGUGACUGCAUCAACGCUCUUCCUUAUGAUGGACACUUCUGCCAACCAAUCAAUGAGCUAACAAAUAACUCUAUAUGUCCACCUGAUCUACCCCCAGGUGAAUAUCUGAUUGAGAUUGAGAUUGAGAUUGAUGCAAUAGAUGUAACAAUCCUGAAUCAACUGAGGGACAUUUUACAGACACACAGUUUACCUACAAUAAAUAGUGACAUCAGUGUCACUGACGUUAACAUCACUACAGUGUGCAGUUUGAAUGGUACUGAAUAUCAGUGCAGGUGUGAGGAUCAGUAUUUCUGGCCAUGUGAAAAGUGUAAACUAUAUGGGUCUUGUGGUAACAUCACCAAUUCCUCAUGUGGCUGCAUCAACAUAAUUCCAUAUGAUGGACACUUCUGCCAACCAAUCACUGAGCUGAUGAAUAACUCAAUAUGUCCACCUGACCUACCCCCAGCUGAAUAUCUGAUUGAGAUUGAAAUUAGUGCAGUGGAUGUAACAGUCCUGGAUCAACUGAGGAACAUUUUGAAGACACUCAGUUUACCUUCAAUAAAUAAUAACAUCAAUAUCACUGAAAUUAACAUCACUACAGUGUGCAGUUUGAAUGGUACUGAAUAUCAGUGCAGGUGUGAGGAUCAGUAUUUCUGGCCAUGUGAAAAGUGCAAACUAUAUGGGUCUUGUGGUUACGUCACCAAUUCGUCUUGUGGCUGCAUCAACGCUCUUCCAUAUGAUGGACACUUCUGCCAACCAAUCAGUGAGCUGACGAAUAACUCUACAUGUCCAAUGGAAACACGCACAGCUGAAUACCUAAUUGAGAUUGAAAUUAGCGCAGUGGAUGUAACAGUCUUGAAUCAACUGAGGAACAUUUUGAAGACACUCAGUUUACAUACAAUAAAUAGUAACAUCAAUAUCACUGAAAUUAACAUCACUACAGUGUGCAGUUUGAAUGGUACUGAAUAUCAGUGCAGGUGUGAGGAUCAGUAUUUCUGGCCAUGUGAAAAGUGCACAGUAUAUGGGACUUGUGGUAAUGUCACCAAUUCCUCUUGUGGCUGCAUCAAUGCUAUUCCAAAUGAUGGACACUUCUGCCAACCAAUCAAUGAGCUGAUGAAUAACUCUACAUGUCCAACUGAACCACCCCCAGCUGAAUAUCUGAUUGAGAUUGAAAUUAGCGCAGUGGAUGUAACAGUCCUGGAUCAACUGAGGAACAUUUUGAAGACACUCAGUUUACCUUCAAUAAAUAAUAACAUCAAUAUCACUGAAAUUAACAUCACUACAGUGUGCAGUUUGAAUGGUACUGAAUAUCAGUGCAGGUGUGAGGAUCAGUAUUUCUGGCCAUGUGAAAAGUGCAAACUAUAUGGGUCUUGUGGUUACGUCACCAAUUCCUCUUGUGGCUGCAUCAACGCUCUUCCAAAUGAUGGACACUUCUGCCAACCAAUCAAUGAGCUGAUGAAUAACUCUACAUGUCCAACUGAACCACCCCCAGCUGAAUAUCUGAUUGAGAUUGAAAUUAGUGCAGUGGAUGUAACAGUCCUGGAUCAACUGAGGAACAUUUUGAAGACACUCAGUUUACCUUCAAUAAAUAAUAACAUCAAUAUCACUGAAAUUAACAUCACUACAGUGUGCAGUUUGAAUGGUACUGAAUAUCAGUGCAGGUGUGAGGAUCAGUAUUUCUGGCCAUGUGAAAAGUGCAAACUAUAUGGGUCUUGUGGUUACAUCACCAAUUCCUCUUGUGGCUGCAUCAACACUCUUCCAUAUGAUGGACGCUUCUGCCAACCAAUCAGUGAGCUGACUAAUAACUUUAUAUGUCAAGCUGUAACCACAGUUAACACAACAAAUACAACCACCACAUCCACAGUAACCACUGGAACUACUGCAAAACCAUCUAUACAAACCCCAACCAACAAAACUACUGCAACACCAUCUAUACAAACCACAAUUGCAGGCACCCAUGUAUUAAGCUUCUCACUGACAAUAAAUGAAGAAUUUGAUUUUGCACUCACUGACCAGAGCAGUGAAAAACACAACACAUAUAAACAAAAAAUUUCGAGUUCAAUUGAUAAGAGCUACAGGACUCUACCUAGCUACCAGCCCAAUUCUGCAACAGUGACUGCUUUCAGGCCUGGCAGUGUGAUUACAGACUUUACUAUCAAAACAACAAAUGCUACCCUUAAUUUGGCAUCAGCAAACCAAGACCUUGCUAGUAGUCUCCGUUUACUGGGAUUCGAUGUGAGCGAUACUGCAUUCAUCCAAAGUGUGAAAGAUGGACUAUAUGGAAGUAGUGGCAAUAUAUAUCCUGGGACAAGUCUCACACUGACCUGCAAUCCUCCAGUAAAUAAUAGCAUACAAUGGACCCUGGAUGGGAAACUCAUCGAAGACAAUUCAAAUAAUAUCCUUCAACUCGAUAAUGUCAGUCCUGAUGACAGUGGUCAAUAUGCAUGCACAACUACAGUAAACGAAAUGCCCUAUGUUAUCUGGCAAAUCAUUACAAUUCAACCAUACCCCAAUAUCGAAGUGAGCACUAGCAAAGUUGUACAAUGUGAGGAUACAACAAUCCCACUGCAGUGUUGUGUACAGGAGAUGUAUCAAGUGGAGUGGAACAUAUCUUGCACCUCAACUUCAACAGGCUCACCGGCAGGCUGCAUAUUAUGUGACUAUACAAUUAAACAAAAUGAUUGCCAGACUGCUGAACAAGAAAAACACGUCACAUGCAAACUCAAAAAUCCCAUCAAUGGAACUACAACUCAAAGUCACAACUCAAAGAGCAUCACAAUAAGUGUAUCAAACAAAGCAUUUACCUGCUCAGAUAGUAUAUUUGGAGCUGGAAAUCUGGGAGACGUACGCAAUGGUGACUGUAAUAAAGAAAUGGCUGGCUAUCAAGUAGCUUGGUGUAAUUCAUCAAACCGCUGGCAACCCAUAGAAGACUACUGUGUCCUGCGUAUCUUUGCAACUUUAAAAGAUGAAGCUGAGAAUUUACAGGUUGGAAACCUCCCACAAUUUAUGGCCAACGUCAGCAAUAAUGCUGUAUUACAGAUUCAAAACAUCACUGAUUCUCCAGCUACCAUAUUAACAAUUGUAGAAAUACUGAAAAUCAUUUCUAAUUUCUCACAAACAAUUUUAAUCAAUCAACCCGUCAUGAUGAAUUUCCUACAAACAACCGAUGUCAUUGGAUCAGAUGAUACACGAGACACAUGGGUGCUUUUAAACAAAAACAGUACAACAACGAAUGCCAGUUCUGAACUUCUGAACUCAACUGAGAGCAUUGCACGCAGACUCCGGGAUGAAAGCAUCUCAAUAAUAACAAACAUAUCUUCUCUCAAUAAAACUUCCAUUACUGCUCCCUUUUCUGGAACAUUUGGAAAAAAUUUAACUACCCAAAUAAAUAUUCCAGCGACUAGUACACAGACGUCCCUCACAGUCAUAAUUUCUUCAGCUUUUAACAAUGUCUUACCUGUUCGAAAUCUUACCAACAAUAACAGCAGUCAGACUGGCACCAGCAUCAAUGGAGAUGUAGUCCUAAUUGAGACAAACUCAACAAUUAACAACAUUUCCCUCUCUAUUGACAUCAAAAAUAAUAUACUGGGAAACCCUCAGUGUGUCUUUUGGAACUUUAAUCUUCUGAAUGACAUUGGGGGAUGGGACUCGACUGGAUGUCAACUAAAGAGAUUAGGAAAUGAAAUUGAAAGAAUUACGUGUGAGUGCAAUCACACAACCUCUUUUUCAAUCCUGAUGUCACCAUUUACCCUGGAUAAAAACUUAGCAAUAGUCUUAGACUAUAUAACUUACAUUGGUGUGGCCAUUUCAUUGGGCAGCUUGGUUUUAUGUCUCAUUAUUGAAAUGAUUACAUGGAAAUCAGUGACAAGAACUGACACAUCCUACAUGCGCCAUGUCUCCAUAGUCAACAUCGCUGUCUCCCUUCUGAUUGCGAACAUAUGCUUCAUCAUUGGAGCAGCAGUUGUAAAGAAAGGAGAGGGUCCCUGCAGUACAGCGACAUUCUUCAUGCACUUCUUUUAUCUUGCCCUUUUCUUCUGGAUGUUGCUGUCAGCACUCUUGCUCCUCUACCGCACCCUCAUGGUCUUUUCCAGAAUGACCAGAGGAGCAAUGAUGGCCAUAGCCUUCACUGCUGGCUAUGGAGCCCCGUUAAUCAUAGCUGUCAUUACUGUGGCCUCUACAGCUGGAAGUCAAGGAUACAUUCAAAAAGAUUACAAUUGUUGGCUAAACUGGAGUAAAACGAAGGCCCUCCUGGCAUUUGUGAUUCCUGCUCUGACUAUUGUAGCUAUAAACCUCCUGGUGCUUAUUGUGGUUCUGUGUAAGAUGUUGAGGAGAGGAGUUAAAGCCACCACUCCGGCAAAUGAGAAACAUCCCCUAAUGGUCAUUGCUAGAUGUGUAGCAAUUUUAACACCACUCUUUGGUCUAACGUGGGGAUUCGGCAUUGGGACCAUGGUGUCACCAAACUUUGGGAUUCAUGUGGUGUUUGCGUUCCUUAAUUCACUGCAGGGUUUCUUUAUUUUGCUGUUUGGAACAUUACUGGAUAGUAAGGUUCGAGAAGCAUUGGCACGAACAUUUUCACUGAGUAACUUAAGCUCUAUCCUUACCAGGAGUACGAGUGCCUGACCUUCAUCUCAGAGGUUACGGCAGAGAAAUGUGUACAAUGUGUCGAGUCGCAAAAUGCCUCCAAGCAACUCAGAUACAGCUACUGACAGCUACGCUGCCAGGGCCAUGUUAUAAAAGUGCAAACAUCAUACAUUAUACAGUACAUUUGCAUGCAAAAUAAGAAAAGCUUUUCAUUGUUUAAGUGGUUGUUGUUAAUAUAUAAGAAAAUGAAAAUGAAUAAAUAAAAAAGAAAUUUAACAAGUAGAACUCGACAGGGAUGCAAACAAGUUUAGUCCUUCUUGUUACUAGUUUGCAUGCCUGAAAUACCCUUAAAUAUACUUUAUCAGUUCAGUUUGCUAUGAGAUUGUUUUAAAAUUCUUUAAGUUCAUUGGCUGGUUACAAUUGUAUUUCCAUAUAUAUCACAAAACCAUUCAACCAAUCAUUCUAGAGAUAUCACCCUUACAAGGAUCUGUGACAGCCAGAUGGACAGACAACCCAAAAACAUUCAGCUUUUCCAUAUAUAUAUAUAUAUAUAUAUAUAUAUAUAUAUAUAUAUAUAUAUAUAUAUAUAUAUAUAUAUAUAUUAACAAUAUAUAUAUAUAUUAACAAACUACUAUUAUCAAAAGAUUUUUAAAAACUCUUCUAAUUUAUCCUAAUUAUUUGAUACUGCACCCAUACAAUGAUGAGAUAUUUUAUUCCUUAUUCUCCUCCGAAAAUAUAAGUUUGGUGUCAAGUUCAACUUUUGAUCUAUUAAUUGCCUGGAUCUUAAUUCAUAUCUUAACUACAUUCUAUUAACUUUCAUUUAAUUUGAUUAAUCUCAUAACCACAGCUAUUCACUUUGACGAUUUCACACACAGGUAUGUGUUACAUUGCCAGAAUGCACCAAAUAUUUGAACAUGGUCCUUUUUUGUAAAUAACAUCCCUCUAAAAUGCUUGUCUUAUACAGAUACAGUAUGUGCAAUUAGGUAUGAUUAAAUGGAUGUUUAUGUGUCACUAAGAGAAACAACUGUUUCUACCAAAAAUUGUGAUUAGAACUUGCCAGAUUUACUUGCCACUUUACAAACAGUUUGUUUCAUUACUUACUGUCACGGUGACCUCAGGGAGCACUCCAUCAUCUAACCUGGACUUCUAAAACCAAAAACCAACCCACGCUCACCUUUAGCGAGUCACAUUCAAAAUACAAUGCCUAAAGGAUGAGUUAUUCUCUGCUGUGCAUUUCUGAGCCAUGGUUUGUGUGUGUGAUCUGUUUGGUUUUGCAUUUUUUAACCGUUGUGUCUUGGAUUAUAUUUUGGUUGCCUGUCUUUCUUCAAGCGUUGACCUGUCUGUUUAAAAACCUCUCAAUUUUGGAUUUGGGGCUGGAUUUUGUUACUGUUGCUGUGCUUUAAAUAAAUACUUCUCAACAAUGAA